AUGUCAGUAAUGCUAAAGAACCCUGAAAUAACAUUGGAGCGUGUUGAAAAGUUUAUAAGUGAAGUUUAUUUUGUUAAUUCAAAUCUCUAUGGUAAAUUAAAUUUACAUAAAACAAAAGAAAAUAUUAAAAUUCAAGUUUCACCAAAAGUAGAUCUUAAUGGUAAAAAGGCAACUGAACUUUCAUAUAAAGAUUGUAAAGUUGGUGAUAGUUUUGGACCAAGUUGGGCUUAUUAUUGGUUUAAAAUCAAUUUAAUAAUUCCAAAUGAAUGGAAAGAUCAAACAGUACAUUUCGUAUGGAACUCAUCAUCAGAGGCAAUGAUUUGGAUUGAUGGUGUACCAACACAAGGUUUCACAGGUGGUACAUGGGUUGACCGUAGAUUGGAUUAUAAAUUAACUGACCGUGCUAGAGGUGGUGAAAGCUACGAGUUUUAUAUUGAAAUGGGUUGCUAUGGUAUGUUUGGUGUUGGUAAAGAUGGCCUAAUUAAUGCAUGUGAUCCAGACAAAACUUUCUCUUUAGCAGCAUGCGAAUUAGUUGUUCAAAACAAAGAAGCAUAUGAAUUGUAUUACUAUUUCCAAAUGUUAUAUGAUAUGGCUAAACAUUUUCCAAAUGAAUCUAUUAGAAAGCAUCAAGCAUUAUGGACAUCCAAUGAUAUGAUAAAUAAAUGUAAUACUGAUAAUAUAUCAUCAUUCAAAAAAUGUAUAGAUAUUGCCAAAGAAUUCUUUUCAAAUAAAAAUGGUGACUCUCAAACUACUAUUUCAGCAAUUGGUGGUUGUCAUAUUGAUGCAUGUUGGUUAUGGUACCGUGAUAUCACUGUCUCAAAGUGUGCAAGAUCAUUUGCAACCCAAAUUCUUUAUAUGGAUUAUUAUAAAGAUUAUAAGUUUACUCAAUCCCAAGCUACUCUUUAUGAAUUUGUUAAAGAAAACUAUCCAGAUCUUUAUGAAAGAAUGAAGGAAAAGGUCAGAGCUGGUCAAUUAAUCCCAACAGGUGGUACAUGGGUAGAAAUGGAUGGCAAUUUACCAUCAGGUGAAAGUUUCAUUAGACAAUUUUUAGUUGGUCAGAAAUUCUUUAGAGAAGAAUUUGGUAAAAACUGUUCCGUAUUUUGGUUACCAGAUACCUUUGGGUAUAGUGCUCAAUUACCACAGGUUUGCAACCACAUGGGUAUCAACAAGUUUAUCACCCAAAAACUCUCUUGGAACAACAUCAAUAAAUUCCCACACUCCACAUUUAUUUGGGAGGGUUUAGAUGGUUCACAAGUUUUAACUCAUUUCCCACCAGCUGACACUUACAAUUCACAAGCUGAUGUUAAAGAAGUCGUAAUGUCAUCAACUAAAAACAAGGAUAUUGAUCGUUGCAAUGAAAGUAUGUUGGUUUAUGGUCAUGGUGAUGGUGGUGGUGGUCCAACCAUCGAAAUGAUUGAAAGAUUAAAACGUAUGUCAAAUACCGAUGGUAUUCCAAAGGUAGAGUUUAGUACACCAGAAAGAUUUUUUGAAAGAGUUGAACCACAUAAAAACAAAUUACUAAAAUGGGUUGGUGAGUUAUACUUUGAAUUACAUAGAGGUACCUAUACAUCACAAGCACUUACAAAGAAGGGUAAUAGACGUUGCGAAUUUGAAUUACACGCAUGUGAAAUGUUAUCUUCCUAUUGUGAAUUAAUUGUACCAGGUUUCAAAGCUCCAGAUUUCAGUAAACUUUGGAAAACUGUAUUAUUUAACCAAUUUCACGAUAUUUUACCAGGUAGCAGUAUUGGUCUCGUUUAUGAAGAUACAUGGAAAGAUCAUCAACAUGUUUUAACAGAAUGUCAAAAUAUUAUCACUCAAUGUUUAAAUCAUAUCACUGGUUCAUUGAUGACAAUUGACAAUAUUCCAGCUCAAACUGCCCCAAGUUCAGAAUUUGUACUUGCAUUUAAUGCAAACGAUUUCGAAAUUACUCGUGUUAUCGAAAUACCAAAAUCAACUAAAGAUCUCCAAGCUCAAUAUAUCAAUGCUGCUCAAACUUCAUACAAUGGUUUACCAUUAGGUACUGCCACAAUUCCAGCAAAUGGUUUUUCUGCAAUCAACAUAUCAACACAAGGCGAUCAUUCUACAAUCAAUAGAAAACCAGAUCAUCCAGUUACCACUGAGCAAUUACCAAAUGGUGAUAUUUUGGUUGUCAAUAAAUAUAUCAAAUUAAUAAUUGGUGCUGAUGGUAUCAUUAAAAGUUUAAUCGAAUUAUCAUCAGGAAGAGAAAUAUUAAAGGAUAAUGGAUCGUUGGGUAAUAGAUUUAUAAUCUAUGAAGAUAUUCCAAAAUUCUGGGAUGCUUGGUGCUUGGAAAUCUAUUCACUAGAGAAGCCAGUAUCAGUAUUAAAAGGAAGCUGUAAGAUUAUCGAAAAAGGUCCACUUCGUGCCAUUAUUCAAGCUCAUUACGAUUCAACAGGAUUCCCAAGUGGUGUUGGUUCAAUUAAUCAAUCAAUUGUCAUUCAUUUCAACUCUGCAAGAAUAGAUUUCGAAACUGAAGUUGAUUGGCACGAAUCACAUAAAAUACUCAAGGUCGAUUUUGAUACCAAUAUUAGAUCAGCAAGUGCAAACUAUGAUAUUCAAUUUGGACACAUACCAAGACCAACACAUUAUAACUCUAGCUGGGAUUGGGCUAAAUUCGAAGUCGUUGGUCAUAGAUGGGCAGAUCUUUCAGAAUCUUAUGGUGUUGGUUUAUCAUUAUUGAAUGACUGCAAAUAUGGUUAUUCAAUUAAUGAUGGUCGUAUGGCAUUAUCAUUGUUAAGAUCACCAAAAUCUCCAGAUGAAAAUUGUGAUAUGGGUAUUCACACAUUUACUUACUCGAUUUAUCCACAUCGUGGUAAUCUCCAAGAUUCUCAUGUAAUCAAAGAAGGCUAUGAAUUAAACAAUAACUUUUAUAUUGGCCAUCAACCAUUCCAAUUAUCAUCAGCCACUCAUAUCCAAAGAUCAUUCCUCACAACAGACAAAGAACAGGUUAUUCUCGAAACCAUUAAAAAAGCAGAGGAUGGAAAUGGCCAUAUCAUUAGAGUUUAUGAAUCAUUUGGUGGCAGAACUACCUUCAACUUCAAAACCUCUUUAUUACCAAUUCCAUUUAAAUCAAUUAUUGAAUGUAAUGGUUUAGAAGAGCCAAUUGGUCAACCAUUCGAUUUUAACACCACAAUUACAAUCAAUCCAUUCCAAAUUAAAUCAUUUAAAUUUAUUUAAAUUGGCAACAAAAUAAUAUUAUUUUAAUAAAAAAAAAUCUUUUUUCU